GGAUCCCUGGAAUAGCCCAGGAGCGGCCCCGGAUCCCUGGAACAGCCCCGGAGCUUUCCCCAGGAGCAGCCCCGGAUCCCGGCCCGGCCCUUUCCGGGCGUUCUUUCCUGCGAACAGGAGAAUCCCUGGAUUUCCGAAUCCCUGAAUUUCCUGAACUCUCGGAUUCCUGAACCCCCGGAUUUCCUGAUCUCCCGGAUUUCCAAACCCCCGGAUUUCCGAAUCUCUAAAUUUCCGAACUCCCGGAUUUCCUGAUCUCCCGGAUUUCCAAACCCCCGGAUUUCCGAAUCUCCGAAUUUCCAAACCCCCGGAUUCCCGAUCUCCCGGAUUCCCGACCCCCCGGAUUUCCGACCCCCCGGAUUUCCGAGCCCCGCUCCCGGGACUGUCCCGGCCCGGGCGGACUCCGACCCCAUCCCCGACCUGCGGCCGCUCCCAGCGCGGCUCCUGCGCCGCUUCCCGGCAAUUCCGGCCCGGGAGGAGCUGCUGCUGCUUUUCCUGCAUUUUGGCUUUUCCCGUGGAUUUUUUUUGGCACCGGGAGGGGUCGGGGUGUGGCCGAGGCCGAGACUUCUUCCUUCCUUCCUUCCUCAUCCUCCGGCUUCCCCUGGGCUUGUCCCGAAAUCGGGAUUUUCCUGGGAAAAGGGAGGAUCCCCGGCUGUCCCCUGGCAUGGAAUUGUCACCGCUGCGCUGCCCCCGGCCCGGACUCUCCGCUGGAUUCCCGAGGCUGUCCUGAGCCCGCCAUGUCCGCCAAGGUGCCGAUCUACCUGAAGAGAGGCAGCCGCAAGGGCAAGAAGGAGAAGCUGCGGGACAUCCUGUCCUCGGACAUGAUCAGCCCUCCGCUGGGCGACUUCCGCCACACCAUCCACGUGGGCAGCGGCGGCGAGAGCGACACGUUCGGGGACGUCUCCUUCCUGCAGGGCAAGUUCCACCUGCUGCCCCGCGGUGACGCCGGCGACCGCGGCGGCGCCGAGGCGGCGCCGUUCGAGUUCUCGCGCACGGCCACCAUGUCGGGCGGCGAGGCGGCCGCGGCGCCGUCGCCGCUGCUCAAGAACGCCAUUUCCCUGCCGGCGCUCGGCGCCGCCCAGGCGCUGACCCUGCCCGCGGCGCAGGCCCCGCCGAAACCCCCGCGGCUGCACCUGGACGAGGCCGCGGCGUCGCCGCCGUCGCCGCCGUCGUCACCGUGCCCCCGGCUGGCCGCCAACGGCGAGGCCGAGCCCUUCCUGUCGCACGCCGGGUCCCUGCUGUCCCUGCACGUGGACCUGGGGCCGUCCAUCCUGGAGGACGUGCUGCAGGUCAUGGACAGGCACCAGGCCGAGCGCGGCGCCGGCGCCCGGCCGGAGAUCCUGACGUGAGCGCGGCGUUGGGAAAUGGACGGUGAGGAUGAGGAUUUUGGGCGGUUUUCGGGUGUGGCUCUCGGAUUCCAGCUCGCGUUUCCUCGCGCCGGGUGAGGGUUUGGCCUCGGGGGAGAAGCAGAGUGACCCCACGAGCUCUCCCAGCCUCCUCAGUGCCCGAGCUGACCACGGGAAACACGACAGACCCCACGGGAUGAAUUCCCAAAGAUUCCAGCCAGGAGGAUUCGGGGGGACAGCGGGGGUUUGUUCUCCACGGCUCUGAACCUCCUGAACCAUCACGGCGCUGUCACCUCAACUUCUGCUCCAUUAAAUCCUUUGGAAAUCCCACAGAGGGGGAAACCUCCACUGGGAAAUCUCCACCGGGCUCUGUGUCCCUGUGGAGAAGCCAAAACUCCGCGUGGAGGAGCCGGGAUCUCCCAACGGAGCUCUUGUUCUAGGAACUCAAUCCAAGGAGGGGCCAAAAACCCCUCUGGGGCCGAACUGGAAAUGGUCGAGGAGAUGCAAAACCAACCAAAAAUCCCAACGUGAGCUGCAGGUGGAUCCUGGCACCGCCGGAUCCGUCGCGGACGGCUUGGGUGGAGUGGGAGCAGGGAAUGCCGAGGGGAAUUCCAGCUGGAUUUUGGGGAAUGGGGACAAAAACCCCUCUGGAAACGCUGCUGGUGGAGGAGCCAGGGUGGGAGCAGCGGGGCCUCCUCGUCCAGGCUCCUGCCACCAAUUCCAUCCUUUCACCGAUUUCUGGCAGUUUGAGCCCAGAGCUGGAUCCCCCCAGGGCGGAGUCGCGGCCCCUCCUGACCCCGGUGCUGUUCCUCAUUGCCUAACGAGUCUAAUUUAGAUUAUCUGACUAAUGACUCAUUAGAUUCUCGUUAACGAACCCUUGUCCUGCCUCUUCCUUCCCCUCCCCCUGUGCGUCGGUAAACCCGAACCACUUUUGGUGCAAACACCCAGAAUUUGGGGAUAAACCCAUUUUCCAAGGUUUUCAUCUGUAAAAUAAGUAACAAACUGAGGCUAAUUAGGCUCGAUCAGGUUUAAUUUCUAUUUGGUCCAACCUUUCCCUGCUCUAAACUCUUUUCUCCCCCCACACUCUGUCCACGUUUUAUUUAUUUUGGGAUUUUUCCUCCCCAAACCAAUUCCAGCCGUUUCAGAGCCUCGUUUGUGAUUAAUUAACCCCAGGGACGUUUGUGAUUAAUUGACCCCAGAGACUGGGAUGGGAACGUGGCUCCGUGUCCCCUCCUGUCCCACAAACACACCACAGCUGCUGCUCAGACAAACAACGUGAAGGGAAACGGGCCCAGAACGGCUCAUUUUGGGCGGGUUUCUGUGCUUUGGGGGCUUUCCAACAUGGGCUGGGUUGGGACAACGUGGAUGGACUUUUUUCCCUGGAUUUCACCCCAAUUUUCCUGGGUUCCACCCACCCUAAUCAGUGAUUUAAAGAUGGAGCUGUUUGUGCCCCACCUCAGCCCAGGAAUUGCGAAACCGUCGCUGCCGGAGCUGUUUCGAAAUAUCAAAAUCAGCCAAAAUCCCCUUUUUUUUUUUCCUUUUUGUCCCUUUUCUCCCUCAUUUUUUCCCUUCCACAACUCAGGGCUGAAUUUUGGGGUGUUCCAGCUUUGAUUUGGGACCUCGUCCACUCCUUUCUGUUCUCCUCCCACUCAUCCCCCCGUGCUCCAGUCCUGGAAAAGCUCCUUUAAUUUGCCAAAUUUGGGGGUUCUUUUAACCAUUAAAAGGUGAUUUUGCUUUUCUCACCUCUCUCCUCCUUCCUUUCUUCCCUAAUAUAAACCCCCUUGCUAUAAACCCCUAAAAUUAUCCCCAAGAUUAUUGUUAUUAUCCCUGAAAUUAUCCCAAACAUCACUUUAUCUCUGAAAUGUUUUUUUUUCCCCCAAUCUCAUCUCCUGCAAAAAACCCAAAUUCCUUAAUUAUUAAUUCAUGAAUAAAUCAUUUGGGAUCCCUUUCCACAG